AUGAAGACUGAUUUCAAGUUCUCCAACCUGCUCGGUACCGUGUACAGGCGAGGAAACCUCUGCUUCAGCCCAGAUGGCACAUGCCUGCUGUCGCCUGUUGGCAAUCGCGUUACUGUCUUUGACCUAGUCAACAACAAGUCGCAUACCCUCCCGUUCGCCCAUCGUCGCAACAUAUCCCGUCUCGCCUUGAACCCCAAGGGAAACCUGCUUCUCACCGUCGACGAAGAUGGACAGGCUAUUCUCACCCACCUCCACCGUCGCAUAUCCCUCUACCACUUCUCGUUCAAGGGCUCAGUCUCGUCGCUCGUCUUCUCGCCCUCUGGUCAACACUUCGCUGUAGCUCUUGGCCGUAAGAUCGAAACUUGGAGGACGCCUUCCACCCCCUCAGAUACCCAGGAUGGCUCCCUCGAGUUCGCUCCCUUCGUCAAGCACAGAGAAUAUGCCGGCCACUUUGAUACGGUACAGAGCAUCGAAUGGUCUAGCGACUCACGCUUCUUCCUUACUGCUUCCAAAGAUUUGACCGCGCGCAUCUGGAGUCUGGAUCCCGAAGCAGGCUUCGAGCCCACGACUCUUGGUGGCCACAGACAGGGUGUUCAUGGUGCAUGGUUCUCGGCAGAUCAAGAGACUAUUUGGACUGUUUCAAAAGAUGGAGCUCUCUUCCAGUGGCAAUACCUACCGCCUCGCAACGCCCCCGAAGAUGAGAUGGAUAUCGAAGAGAACUUCCGCUGGAGGAUCGCUGAAAGACACUACUUCAUGCAGACCGGUGCCACCUUGACAUGCGCCUCUUUCCAUCCGGAAUCAAAUCUCUUAGUUGCUGGUUUCUCGAACGGUACCUUUGGCCUUUACGAACUUCCUGACUUCAACCAGAUUCACAAUCUCAGUAUUUCACAGAACGAUGUGGAUUUCGUGACGAUCAACAAGACUGGUGAAUGGCUUGCCUUUGGUGCUUCUCAGCUGGGUCAGCUCUUGGUGUGGGAAUGGCAGUCAGAAUCAUACAUUCUGAAGCAACAAGGACAUUUCGAUUCUAUGAACAGUCUUACAUAUUCACCAUCUGGAGAUCGCAUCAUCACAUGUGCGGACGACGGCAAGAUCAAGGUCUGGGACGUUGCUUCGGGAUUCUGUAUUGUCACAUUCACCGAACACACAUCAGGAGUCACAGCGUGCGAAUUCGCGAAACGAGGAAAUGUUCUGUUCACAGCUUCUCUGGAUGGCUCAAUCCGCGCAUGGGAUCUGGUAAGAUACCGAAAUUUCCGAACCUUUACUGCUCCUGAACGUCUCUCCUUCUCUUCCAUCGCAGUCGACCCAUCAGGCGAAGUUGUGGCUGCUGGUUCCCUUGACAGUUUCGACAUUCACAUCUGGUCCGUCCAGACUGGUCAACUGCUCGACAAGCUGUCCGGCCACGAAGGCCCUGUUUCGACAUUGGCUUUCGCUCCUAAUGGCGGUGCACUGGUUUCAGGCUCUUGGGAUCAUACAGUUCGCAUUUGGUCGAUCUUCGCACGCACUCAGACUAGCGAGCCUCUUCAACUACAAGCAGAUGUUCUCUGCGUCACAGUACGACCGGACUCGAAACAAAUCGCAGUCAGCACGUUAGAUGGCCAGUUAACGUUCUGGUCUUUGUCAGAAGGAACACAAGAAGCUGGAUUCGAUGGUCGUCGUGAUGUUUCUGGUGGCCGUAAACUCACAGACCGUCAGACUGCUGCUAAUGCCUCAGGCACCAAGUCUUUCAACAGCAUCAGCUACUCGGCAGAUGGUAGUGUGGUUGUCGCAUCAGGCAACAGCAAGUAUAUCUGCCUUUACGAUGUCAUGUCAGGUGUCUUGCUUCACAAGUAUACUGUCAGCGUCAACCUUUCUCUCGAGGGUACGCAAGAGUUCCUCAACUCGAAAAACUUGACAGAGGGUGGUCCGGCAGGCAUGAUCGACACAACAGGCGAAGCAUCAGAUCUCGAAGACCGCAUGGACAAUUCCCUUCCCGGUGCCAAACGUGGCGAUGCUGCCUCCCGCCGCAUUGGUCCUGAAGUCCGCGUUCCAGGUGUGAACUUCGCACCCACCGGUCGCUCCUUCUGCGCUGCCAGUACUGAGGGUCUGCUCGUCUACUCUCUCGACACAACAAUCGCCUUUGACCCCUUUGACCUCGACAUCGACAUUACACCCCAAUCCACCCUCAAGACCCUUGCAAAGAAGCAAUACCUCAAAGCCCUCGUCAUGGCCUUCCGCCUCAACAAUCCUAAACUCGUUACACGCAUUCAACGCUCCGUCCCUGCCGCAGAUAUCCCUCUCGUCGUCUCCGAUCUCCCUAUCGUCUAUCUCCCCCGUCUCCUCCGCCAUAUCGCCGUUCAAAGCGAUGCUUCCCCUCUUCUAGAACUCAACCUCCUCUGGCUGCAAGCACUGCUCAAAUCCCACGGUGCAAUCCUCAAGAAGAACCAAGGCGAAUAUGCAGAAGUUACUCGUCUUGUUCAACGCGCUGUUUCUCGCAUACAAAAGGAGAUCUUCUCUGUAGUCGAGAACAACGAGUUUAUGGUGGAAUACUUGCUCGCUCAGCCUGUGCGUAAGCAGCAGAAUGGACUAAAGCUGCUGCAGAGUGUUGAGGACGGCCCGGUCCAGGAGGUUGAGAUGGCUGAUGAUGAUGAGGAUGAGGACGGUGAGGAUGGCUGGAUCGGUCUUGAGGACUAA